AUGGGGCUAGGGAAUGGGAGUUCCCAGUUUGAGUUCAUCCUAUUGGGGGUCUCUGACCAACCACGCCUGGAGAUGCUGCUUUUCGUGGUGUUCCUGGUCUUGUACAUCCUGAACCUGGUGGGGAACCUGACCAUCAUUGUGGUCUUGUGGCUGGAACCCUGUCUCCACACCCCUAUGUAUUUCUUCCUCAGCAACCUCUCUUUCCUGGACCUUUGCUACACCACCAGCACCAUUCCUCAGAUGCUGGUGAACUUUCGCAGCACCCACAAGUCCAUCACCUGGGCCGGCUGCGUGGCCCAGCUCUACGUCUUCCUCUCACUGGGCUGCACCGAGUGCCUCCUCCUGGUCGUCAUGGCCUACGACCGCUACGUCGCCAUCUGCCAGCCGCUGCGCUACACAAUUGUCAUGAGCCGCCGCCUCUGCAUGCAGAUGGCGGCCACCGUCUGGUUGAGCGGCUUCGGCAACUCCAUCCUGCAGACCGUCCUGACCGUGCGGCUGCCCCGGUGUGGGAGGAACCGGAUCGACCACUUCUUCUGCGAGGUUCCGGCCCUGCUCAAACUGGCCUGUGUUGACACCUCCGCUAACGAGGCCGAGGCUUUUGCUGUCAGUGUGAUCUUCCUGCUGGUGCCGCUAGUCCUCAUCCUAGUCUCCUACAGCUACAUCGUCGCUGCUGUGCUUAGGAUUCGCUCGGCCCAGGGCAGGCUCAAGGCCUUCAACACCUGUGCCUCCCACCUGGCCGUGGUGUCGCUCUUCUACGGCACGGCCAUUUUCAUGUAUCUACAACCUCCGUCCAGCUACUCCCAGGACCGGGGCAAGAUGGUCUCCCUCUUCUAUGGCAUCAUCGCCCCCAUGCUGAACUCGCUGAUCUACACCCUGAGGAACAAGGAUGUGCACGGGGCCCUAAGGAGGGUGCUGGGGAGGUUAUUCGGGAGUAAGAGGACAUGA